AUGAUAAAACAAAAACUAAUCACAUUUGAGAGAAUAAUAAAAAGAGAAGAAGAAAAGAAGAGAAUAAUCAACACCAUCAAUUCUCAGAAGGCGUUGCUUGUUGUUGCCUUUGCUCUCCCAUUCAUGACUGUCUAUAACAGCAUCUCACUAACAAUAUUCAGAGGGGGAAUUUUGACAUUCCGUACAAGGGGCAUGGAUGUGAGGUUAGGGCAGUCUGAUUUUCUCAAUUUCGAAAGAAGAAGAAAUGAUGCUGGUAGGGAAGGGAAGAAUAUUGAUGUGGUUAUUGAUGAGUACUCAUUUAUGCCAUUUUCUAUGUAUAUGCUGAAGCACAAGGACCUUAAGAGCAGGGAGAUGAGUAAAUAG